AUGAACAGAUUCGUUUUGCCGCUGUUGUUUGUCUGUCUGGUUAUUGGCAAUAACGUUAACUGGGGCGUUAGUGGAAUCGAAGGGGAUACUGAUUUGAAUGAUUUACAAGACACUGUGAAAAAGAAGUUUGCCCCGUUUGGUUUGCCCGAUAUCAGUCAGCUCAAUGAAUCUAUACCGGCCUUAGACGAAGGUGAAAGAGUGUUGAAAGAUAAAUGUUUAAAAAAUAGCCAAGCGAACGACUCAUAUGAAUUGACUGUGGAGGCGAAGAAAGAUUUUGAAGUUUGUGUAAAAUCUCUAGUUGAUGUCACAGAACUAAAAAAAGAGAUUAAUGAAGCUAAACCUAAAGGUGAUCUUGAUAUGGUAUUUAAAAAAUACUGCAGAAAGUCACCAGAUUUUAAGGAUUGUGUUUUAAACUUCACAUCUACCAUAGAUGUGUGUUUGGACGAAAGUGAAAAAGAUAGCAAAAAAAUUCUUCAGAGUGUCACAGAAGCUUUAUUAUCAUUUGUAUGCCAUGAUGAGGGUGAUCGUAUAGCAUUAUUUUAUUCAGAGGGUGGUCCAGAUUGUUUGAUGGAUAAAAAGGAAGCCAUACAACACUGUCUAAAUACAUCAUUUAGUAAGUACACUAAUGGUGGUGAACCAAGCUUGGCUAGCUUACCAGCAUUCAAAUUUGAAGAAGAUCAAUGCAAGAGUAUGUCUGAGCUACAAGUGUGUGUAAUUGCUGAGUUAUCAAAAUGUGGAGAACCAACACCCGCUAAUAUUAUUGAGUCAUUGUUCGAGUUUGUACGUCGAUCAACACCAUGCUCAAAAUUUCAGAGUGCUCAAGUACGGAAAACCUCUGCAGGUGUUUCGUUACACGCAAUGAUCUCUAUUACAGCAUUAUCUAGUUUACCAAUCCUGUUAGGUCGAAUUGGAUUUUACUAG